AUGUUUUCGAUCUUUAAAACAAUUCAUCCACCUACUGGUAUUGAAUAUGCUGUUUGGGCUCGUUUUUUAUCUCCAUUAGAAAAUAAUUUAAUAUUAAGUAGUGCAAAUUAUUUAUAUGUUUAUCGUGUUACUCCUCAUACAUCAAAUUUUGAAUGUUUGCAUACAUUUGUUCUAUGGGGAAAUAUUUGUUCAAUAACACCAUGUCAUCUUGGUCCAUCAUCAUCGUCAUCAUCAUCAUCAUCAACAUCAUUAAUACCAUCAAAAGAGGCUUUAUUUUUAUCAUUUAUGGAUGCUAAAUUAUCCUUAAUUGAAUUUGAUUCAACAAUACAAGAUUUAAAAACUUUAUCAAUGCAUUAUUUUGAAGAUGAAUUAGCUAAAGAAGGUCAAUGGUUUAAUUAUUCACCACCUAUUGUACGUGUUGAUCCUGACAUGCGUUGUGCUUGUAUGCUUAUUUAUAAUUCAAAACUUGUUAUUAUACCAUUUUUUAGUCAAUUAGAUAGAGAAAUUAUUACAAGUGAUACAAUACCAAGUACAGCAGGUAUAACACCUGGUGGUCCAAGAAGUUCAUCAUUAUCUUCUUAUAUUGUUCAUUUAAAAAAAUUGGAUCCAUCAUUAACUGGUCGUAUAAUUGAUUUACAAUUUUUACAUAGUUAUUAUGAACCAACAUUAUUCAUAUUAUGUGAAUCAAGUCGAACAUGGGUUGGUCGUGUAGCUGUAAAAAAAGAUACAUGUUGUAGUGUUGCACUUUCAAUAAAUGUUGCUCAAAAAUCUAAUCCUGUUAUAUGGCCUGUUGAUAAAUUACCAUUUGAUUGUCUUAGUUGUUUAUCUGUACCAAAACCAAUAGGUGGUAUUCUUGUUUUAGCAACAAAUUCAAUUAUUUAUCUUAAUCAAAGUAUUCCAGCUUAUGGUGUUGCAUUAAAUACUUUAACACGUGAUUCAACAAAAUAUCCAUUAAGACCAUUAUAUGAUCUUAAAAUUGCACUUGAUUUAGCUGAAGCAAUAUUUAUAUCAAAUGAUAAAUUAUGUAAAUGUGAUGAAAAUUUAAUAUUUUUUGGUUCACGUCUUGGUAAUUCUUUACUUCUUCGUUUACAUGAAAAUGCAAUUAUUGAUCCAACAUCAAUUGAUACAAUUGAAACAAUGAAUGGUGAUGAAAAUGAUAAUAAUCGUAAUGAUUAUCAUGAACAAUCUGAAUUAAUAAAUGAAUCAAUAAAUAAAACAAAUUUAUCUGAUAUGAUUGAUAAUGAUAUAAUUAUUCCAAAUAAUAAAAAUGAUAUUAUAUUUUUUACAAGUGAAAUUGAUACAAAUGAAUCAAAAAAACAAACAUAUACAUAUUCAUUUGAAUAUUGUGAUAAUCUUAUAAAUAUUGGUCCAUGUGGUUAUGCUAUUGUUGGUGAAGGUGAUAGUGAAGAAAUACGUUUAUUACAACGUCAUUUACCACCACAUUAUCAAACAACACCAUUAGAUUUAAUAACAACAUCAGGUACAAAUAAAUGUGGAUCUGUAUCAAUAUUACAACAAACAAUUAAACCAGAAUUAAUAACAACACAAGCAUUACCUGGUUCAAUUGAUAUGUGGACUGUUUAUUCAUCAACAAAUGAACAAAAUGAAAAACGUGAACAUUCAUUUAUAUUAAUAAGUCAAGAAACAUCAACAUUAAUAUUUCAAACUGGUAUUGAUAUAACAGAAUUAGAACAAGGUGGAUUUUUAACAAAUGAACAAACAAUUUUUUGUGGAAAUAUUGGUGAACAAUUAAUUGUACAAAUAACAAGAUUACAUGCUAUAUUAUUACGUGAUAGUACACAAUUACAAAUGAUUUCAUUUGAAAAUAAUCCAAUACGUUUUGCAACAAGUCUUGAUCGUUAUUUAGCUAUAUUAACAACACAUGGUAUUAUUCAUAUUUAUUUACUUAUAGAUAUUAAUAAUGAACAAUCAAAACUUAUUGAAUAUUAUAAAUUAAAUGAUAAAAAAUAUACAUGUGUUAAUUUAUAUAUUGAUCAUAGUGAAUUAUUUACAACAACAAUAAAUAAUAAUAAUAAUAAUAUUUAUUCUCAUUCAACAAUAUUAAAUUCACCUAAACAAGAAACAAUUCAACAAACUGUUGUAUCUUUACCAUCAAAUCCACUUGAUUCAACAGAAUUUACUGGAGGUGAUGAUGAAGAUGAAUGGUUAUAUGGAGGAAAAACAAUUGAAAAUCCAUUAGCAUCUGUAACAACAGUAGAACCUAUGGAUAGUUCAAAUAUUUCUACAACAACAAAAUCUCUUCCUAUAAUUAAUAAUAAUAAUAAUAAUAAUAACUCAAUAAAUAUUAUUCCGACUACACGUUGGUUAAUAGCUAUUAGUAAAGAUGGAACAUUAACAAUACAUGAAUUAAUGACUGAUGAAACAAAAUCAGCAACAAUACGAUAUGAAAUAGCACGUUUUAAUAGUGGACUUAAAAUACUUGUUGAUGUACAUGAUGCAAGUCCAUUAAUGACACAUUAUUUAGGCAAAAUUGAAACAUCAUGUUCAGCUUCAGUUUAUGAAUUACUUGUUAUUGGUUUAGGACCAAAAAAAGAUCGUGUGUAUAUGAUUGCACGAAUUGAUGAAGAUCUUAUUUUAUACGAAGCUUUUCCCUAUCAAAAUUUACCAGAUGAUCGUUUAAAAUUACGUUUUCAUCGUGUAACAUGUAAUGCAUUAGUUCGAACAAAAAAAUCUAGUGCAAAAAAGAAUGCUGCAAAAAGACAAAAAGAUGCUGCACAAUUACAACAGCAACAACAACAACAACAAAAUCAAGCAAAACACAAUCCUAUAUCUCAAGAACCACUUCCAGUACAAACUGAUCUACUUGAUGAUGAAAUGAAUGAAUAUCAACGAAUGUUAUUAAGACCUUUUAUUGAUGUAGCUAAUCAUUCAGGUAUAUUUAUAUGUGGUACUCAUCCAUAUUGGUUAAUAUGGUCUAAAGGUAAUUUACGAGCUUUUCCAAUGAAUGUCGAUGGACCAAUAAAAACUUUUGCUGAAUUUAAUAAUAAUAAUUGUCGUAAUGGUUAUUUAUAUUUUAAUCAAAAAGAUGAUUUAAGAAUAUCUGUUAUGCCAUCAAAACGAAUAUUAGAUACACCAUGGCCUCUACAAAAAAUUCCAUUUAAACAAACAGUACAUUUCUUAUGUUAUCAUGUUGAAAGCAAAUUAUAUGCUGCAACAAUAAGUACUAAUGAACCAACAAAUACAUUAGUACAACCAUCCGGUGAAGAUCGCGAAUCAAUAACAUAUCAAAAAGAAUCCAAUUUUCUUUUACCUUUACGUGAACAGUUUUUUGUACAACUUUAUUCAGCUAUUAAAUGGGAACCAAUUCCAAAUGCUAAAAUAACUAUGAACGAAUGGGAACAUGUAACAUGUAUGAAAACAAUUGCAUUAAGAUUUCAAGGAAAUUUAAUGAAAACUUAUAUUGCUAUUGGUACAGCAAAUUGUUUUAAUGAAGAUGUUGUUAGUAGAGGACGUGUUAUUCUAUUUGAUAUUAUUGAAGUUGUUCCAGAAGUUAAUCAACCACUUACUAAACAUAAAUUAAAAACUGUCCAUGAUCGUGAAGAAAAAGGUCCUGUAACAGCCGUAGAUUCAAUUCUUGGUUAUCUCGUUGCUGCUGUCGGUCAAAAAGUUUAUAUAUGGCAAUAUCAAAAUAAUAGUUUAAAAGGCAUUGCUUUUGUUGAUAUACAAAUAUAUUGUCAUCGAAUGGUAACAAUAAAAAAUUAUAUUCUUAUUGGUGAUGUACAUAAAAGUAUUGCUUUAUUACGUUAUCAAGAAAAUAUGCGUGUUUUAUCAUAUGUUAGUCGAGAUUCACGUCAAUUAGAUGUAUUUGCAACAGAUUUUUUUAUUGAUCAAACACAUGUACAAUUUGUUGCUACAGAUUCAGAUCGUAAUAUGUAUAUUUAUGCUCAUGCUCCAACACAAAAAGAAACUCAAGGUGGACAAUGGCUUUUACGAAAAUCAGAUUUUCAUAUCGGAUAUUCUGUUACAUCAACAAUAAGAAUGGUAGUCAAUGUGAAUAAUUUAACAACAAAACAAAAUUUUGAAAAUAAACAAGCUUUAAUUAUGCCAACUCUUGAUGGUGGUAUUGGUUGUCUUGUACCUUUAAAUGAAAAAAUUUUUCGACGACUAGCUAUGUUACAAAAUUCGCUAACAACAAUGUUUCCACAAUAUUGUGGUUUAAAUCCAAAAAGUUUUCGAAUAUGUAAAACACGACGAAAACAACUUGAUAAUCCUCAAAAAAAUACUCUUGAUGGUGAUUUACUUUGGCGUUAUUUUGAUCUUAGCUUUAUUGAACGCAAUGAAUUACUCAGUCGACUUGGAAUGACACCCGAUCAAUUUCAUGAAGAUUUGACUGAUAUUGCACGAGCUGUGACUUUAUUCUAA